AGCAAAGAGAAAAAAGACAACAAACUAGAUUGAAACUGACUAUUAUUAGACCAUCAGAACCACAUAGAGAAAGAUUGGUUGUUGAACUCUCGUCAAUUUCUUAUUUAGCCCUCCGUUCAAUUCUGACCAAGCACAUCACAUGGUUGACCUCUUUACUCAAAAAUCAGGACCCAAGUGCCCUGCUUUUGAGGCAUCUGUAAUAAUCACCAGCUCUCAAUAACUACACUAGAUUUGGCCAACUGUAAUAUAAGGUGUGGCCAAGUGUGUCAAAAACCAAAAUUGUCCAAAAUCUCGCAAAUCCCAGUUUGUCUUCCAAGUAAAUCAGUCCCAAAAAUGGAGUCCUGGUCGUCCAACGGUCCAAAAACGACAAGUAACAUGAUAUAUUGACUUGUCAUCACCCCACCCUUUUAAAUAUUUUUUCCUAUUUUUGUACCAGGAUAUGAAAGAGGUUUAGGCCAUGGAAAAAUUUCUACCACUUUUCCUUCUCUGCUUCUUAAUUUUUCUUCAACAUGUUUAUGGUCAAGGAGAUAAAAUAACUACAUCUCAGUUCAUCAAAGAUGGUGAAUUUAUUGUUUCCUCUGAUGGAACAUUCGAGUUGGGAUUCUUUAGUCCUGUAGAAACUUCUACAAGUCGCUAUGUUGGUAUAUGGUACAAAGAAAUCUCUGUUAUUACUCCUGUUUGGGUUGCUAAUAGACUAGCCCCACUUACAAAUAAAACUGGGGUCUUGAAAGUCAUUCAACCAGGUCUAGUUGUUCUUCAUAAUGAUACAAAUGCGACUGUUUGGUCGACAAAUUCAACAAGAUCUGUUAAAAAUCCCGUUGCACAGUUACUAAACACGGGUAACUUUGUGGUGAGAGAUGCAAACGACCCGAAUCCGGAAAAUUUCCUAUGGCAAAGCUUUGAUUAUCCUAGUGAUACUUUAAUUGCAGGUAUGAAACUUGGAAGGGAUUUAGUGACUGGAUUAGAAAGGUAUCUUACUUCUUGGAAAAGUAAUGAUGAUCCUGCUCCAGGGGAAUAUACUUACCAUUGUGAUCCUACUGGUUAUCCACAAGACCUUAUGAGAAAAGGGCCUAAUGUGAUUUAUCGGGCCGGGCCAUGGAAUGGUCUAAGGUGGAGUGGUGCACCUAAUAUGGUUAACAAUUCAAUCACCUCUUUUGGGUUGGUAAUGAAUGAUAGGGAAAUUUAUUAUAAGUAUGAGCUUGUGAACAAAUCUGUUGUUUCAUCUUUAGUAGUAAAGUCUAACGGGAACACUAUGCGUAUGAUUUGGAUUGCGAAGACUCAGGGUUGGGUUAAUUACCACUCUGCUGAUGCAGACGAUUGUGACACGUACAAAUUAUGUGGUGCGUAUGGGACUUGUAACGUUUUGAGUGAUCCUUUGUGUCGAUGUUUGGAUAAAUUCGAGCCAAAACAUCCGGAUGAUUGGAAUAGGGCUGACUGGACGAGAGGUUGUGUUAGAAAACGGGCACUGAAUUGUACAGGAGAUGGAUUUAUUAAGUAUACUGGUGUUAAAUUGCCCGAUACACGAUUUUCUUGGUUCAACGAGACCAUGAACUUAGAUGAAUGCAGGGCGGUUUGUUUAAGAAAUUGUUCGUGUAUGGGUUAUACUAAUCUGGAUAUACGCAAUGGAGGAAGCGGGUGCUUGUUAUGGAUUGGGGAGCUAGUUGACAUCAGACAACUAUCUCAAUCAGGAAAUGAUAUCUACAUUAGGAUGUCUGCUUCAGACAGAGAUUCUGCUGGAUCAAAUUCAAAGGGAAAGAAAACUAUCAUACUUGCAAUAGCUUUGCCACUAUUGUUUGCAUUGAUUCUGCUAGGUUUAGGUCUCUGCCUGAUUCUUUAUAAACGGAAAAGGAGAGGCAAUCCAGUGCCCACUACAAUGGGGAGAUUAGGUGGUCGCAACAACAACAAUGAUAACAGUAAUCAAAGUCACCAUGAAGAUUUUGAGCUACCACUUCUUAACUUGUUUACAUUAACCAAUGCUACCGACAACUUUUCAUCCGCGAGCAAGAUUGGAGAGGGUGGCUUUGGACAAGUUUACAAGGGUGUGUUAGAAGGGGGACAAGAAGUAGCAGUGAAGCGGCUUUCAGAAACAUCAAAGCAAGGACUUCACGAGUUCAAGAAUGAAGUUAACUGCAUUGCUAAACUUCAGCAUCGAAAUCUCGUAAAGCUUUUGGGGUGCUGCAUUGAAGGAGAAGAGAUGAUGCUGGUGUACGAAUACUUGCAAAACAAAAGCCUGGAUUUAUAUAUAUUUGAAGAGGAAAGGAGCACAUUACUUGAUUGGCCUAGGCGGUUCAACAUUAUUAAUGGAAUUGCUCGAGGACUGAUGUAUCUUCAUCAAGAUUCUAGGCUCAGAAUCAUCCACAGAGACUUGAAAGCUAGCAAUGUCUUACUUGAUAUAGAAAUGAACCCAAAGAUAUCAGAUUUUGGGAUGGCUAGAAGUUUCGGAGGAGAUGAGACAGGAGCCAAUACUCGCCGUGUUGUUGGAACAUAUGGUUACAUGUCCCCAGAAUAUGCAGUCGAUGGGAUAUUCUCAACGAAAUCAGAUGUCUUUAGCUAUGGGGUAUUAGUACUAGAGAUUGUGAGUGGAAAGAAGAAUAGACGAUUUGUUCAUCCAGACCACCACCUCAACCUUCUUGGACAUGCAUGGAUACUACAUAAAGAUGGAAGACCAUUGGAACUAGUUGAUCCAAGUCUGGUAGACUCAUGUUAUAUAUCAGAAGUAGUAAGAUCAAUUCAUGUGGGAUUGUUAUGUGUUCAACAAAAUCCAGAGGACAGGCCAAGUAUGUCUACUGUGACUAAUAUGCUGACCAAUGAUGGGGUUUUGCCACCACCUAAACAUCCUGGAUUCUUCACUCAAAGGAAAAUUGGAGAUGUUGAUAAAUUUACUUGGAGUACACAAACACCAAGUUCUAUAAACGAAGUUACCAUCACAUUGUUGGAUGCUCGAUAGGAAGAUUGUCCAUUGUGUGGUUUCCAUUUUUCAUCAUUUCUCACAGUUGUAUUAAAAUCCUCUUCUUUUUUUCCUUUAGUUAAUUAGAAAAUUUUGUAUUCUUUUGUAUUAUAUAUGUGUCUAUAUUUUAAGUUUGGACUUGACUUCAAUUUCCUAUUCCAA